UAGUCAGUGUGAGCCACGGGAGUGGAGGGCCGGGCAGAGGGGGACCGUCAUCAUGGAGCUGCUGGGAGCCGCGGCGUGCAGCCAGACAGACAGGCAGGAGAGGAGGGCUAGACGGAGGAGGCUCAUCACAUCACCGUGGAGCCGCUGGGAUCUGGCGGGUCGGCCGCGCGCUGUACAAUAUGCUAUCAGAGGGAUAUCUUUAUAAAAUCCAGCUUUGGUAUGAGGAUGACAUAAGUAUGUUGCAUCAAAAGAAGGUGACUGAAGGGUCAAAAGAGCUGUCUGGUAUAUGUACACUAAAUUAUUCCUCUGCACAUGAGACUCGGAGCAGGAGAGUUUUCAAAAAAUUUGGCUCAGUUGAUCAACGCAAGUGUGAGAGCCAGCCACAAGAGAGCGCACUGGGCAUCAUGCAAAGGCAGAUAGGGCAGGACGAGGCAGAAGGCUCGAGGUGUGAAAGUGAAAAAUCCCCCUCUGCAAGUAUAAAUGGAAACUCACCCUCAAAUAAAGAAACCUAUUUGGUUCCACCAUCAUGUAAAAAUAUCUGCAGAGACUAUAAUGAUUUGCAUAUUGCUGGUGACCAGGUGAUGGCUAUGAACUCAGUGUUGAGUGAUUUCACAUGCAAUAGCAGCUUUGACUAUUGUGAAGGCCCUUUCCUACAAUCUUCUCAAAUUCCUCCUACUAUGGAUUCCUUAUGCGUCACAACCAAUGACCAGCCUAAAAAACCUACCAAACGGGACUCUUGGAAAGUAGCCAGUAUGAAAGAUAAGAGCAUCAUCAAUCCUGAGCAACCACUGUCUAAUUCAAUACUCAAUGAAUACUUGGAGAGGAAGGUCAUUGAACUCUACAAGCAGUACAUGAUGGACAUUAGCUGCAGCGCAUCUUCUGCUCACAUCAUGAACUCAGAGCUCAUCAUGAACAACGUGCAGCAGAUCAGUGUCCAGAUAUCACGAGAGCAAAAUAUGGAGACUAACAAGGCCAAAGACAUGGUCAUCAGUUAUCUGCUGAGACUUGCUAGUGAGAAGCAAUCUAAUGUUAUCAGCACUCCCGAUCUACAGAUCUCAUCCAACCUUACCUAAAAUCAUAAUUUGUAACCUUGUUAUCUGGGUACAGAUAUAAGCAAAUGUUACCAAAAUUCUGUUAUUAUGCUUAUUUUUUAUUAAAUAUGA